AUGGAAUCGCAGCGACUCAAACGUAGCUUGAGUUCAUUGACUACGGAGAUUAACGGUUUGCGUGAAGGCUCAUUCUGUUCUAGUACCUCCUCUUCAAUUGCCAAGAAAAGCCGGCAAAGUCCUGCUACUAUUGCAGAGAGCGACAUAAAACACACAUUGGAAGACAAAUCGCACGAAGUGGAAGAGUGGUGCCAAAAAUACGAACCUCAUGGAACAGCGAGUCUUGUUCUUCAUCAGCGAAAAUUACAAGAUGUACGAAAUGUGCUCGAACCCAUGAUCAGCGGAAACAGCAUGUGUCGAAUUCUGCUCUUGACGGGACCUGCCGGUUCUUCCAAAAGCAGUUGUGUCAAGACCUUGGCCAACGAAGCUAUACGAGAUCGUCUGAAUACACUGCCUGCGCCAAAUUUCACUCUCGGAAACCCUAGAAAACACCAGAGCUAUAUCGAGUACGACGGAAGUGCUGUCCCAUUGGGCGUAUCCAAAGUUGAUCAUUUCAACCAAUUUCUAGCUGAGUCCAAAUAUAGAGUGGGUCUCAACGUCGCGGUACUGCUCGUAGAAGACCUGCCAAACCUUUUUCAUGAGGAAACCAAAACUCAGUUCCAACAAUCCUUGUUGAGAUGGCUUUAUAGCCCACAGUCGCGCCUGCCGCCAUUGGUCAUUUGUUUGACAGAAUGUGAAAUUCAUGGUUCCAAAGAUGCAUCUUACAGCUUUAGCAUUGAUACGCAGUUCAUAGCUGAAACAGUAUUAGGACCUGAAGUUUUGAAUCAUCCGUGCCUACGACGCAUCAAGUUUAAUCCUAUAAACAAGACCUUACUCAAGAAGCAUCUGAAAGCCAUAUGCGAUAGGGAGAGAAAAUUGAUCAAGGCAGACCGGUGGGAGCAAAGGGAAGCGUUCAUCGCAAGCAUAGCUGAGAAUUGUGGGGACUUGAGAUCGGCGAUAUCUGCAUUACAACUGUGGGCUACGACCUCUGGAUCGGCAUCCACUUUUACCAGCACUAGAGAACAAUCCGUUUCUUAUUUCCAAGGUCUAGGAAGGAUAAUUCAUGGUUCCAAAGAUUUGCCGAAUGACAGCUCAAUGAUAAAUGAGCUGAUGUACUCACAUAGUGCUGGCACCGGAGAGUUGCUUAAGAUGGGAGUUUUGGAAAACUAUGCGACUUUUAGCAAAGGUCAGUUUUCUCUCUCACACGCCGUUAGCAUCUUGGACUCUUUGAGCAUCGCCGAUAUAAUGACAAUGGAAAACACGUCAACAAUUACACUCACUGAGUCAGUAGAAUUUCCUCUACGCGCAGUGAGACAUACAUUUGCAUCUCUGGGCAAAAUAGCCACUUCAUCGCAUCAUAGGCCCAAUUUCCCUCGAGAGUCGAAGGUCCGUAAGCUGCGCCGAAACUUCAUGACUGAAGCAGGUAGAUAUGCCUCUGUCAGCAUUCAAAAAUACAAAAGUUGGCAUAGUAUGAGCAACAUCGCUCUAUACUAUAGCUACUAUGCGCCUCUCAUAAGAAGACAGUUGAACUACAAAAGAAAAUACUUGCAGCACUAUUUAAAUUCUUUGGGAUCUGACAGUGAGCGCAAGAAAGUCAUGUUAAGCGGUUCAGAUUUAUUUGUCGUUAAUGAACAGGUGGAUGUUUUAAAUCGCAUUGGCGGAGAAUUGAGAUCAAUUAGUGCCACCUCGGACGUUGUGCUUGAGGAGAACGAAGAGCCUCUUGAUAUGCGACCGCACAUGAUAAUGGCACACGUUAGCGACCGCCCUGAAGCUGCUGUUGACAACGAACAUCUUUCCACUGACGAGGAUGAUGGAAUCAGUGAGGAAAUUUUGGAUCCAAUUGUGGAAAGUGCGAGCGAGCAUGACACUUUCAGUUUCAGCGAUGAAGAUGAUCCGAUCUAUGACGUGUUGGCGUCACAAUCGCCACGCAAGACCAACCCGCAUUAA